GUGAUUUUUUUGUCUCACCUCGGAGUUGAAAUGCGACGCUGGUUUUAUCUUUAAGGUAUACGCCGUGUCACGGAAAGGCAUAGAAACGGGCUUUGGUCCGACCUCUUUGUGGCUACGUGGGUGGAAUAGGAAGUCGUGCAUUAAAUCCGAACCUCCACCUUUCAGCGCUUAAACGUUUCUCAAAUGGAAUGUACAGGAGAUACCGGCUUGCACCAGCACGCUCCGCGCACAAAAGCCAGAUCGUGAUUGCGCUCAUUUUUCAGUUAACACUCGUGGAAUUCUCGGCUUCUUUCUUGCCUGGCCUGCUUCUGCAAGCGCCCGUUUCGACACGAACCGUUUGAUCGAAAGCGCGCCGCGCAGAACGUAAUCGACUAUUCGACCGAAAUACAGACCUCCAGCAGCCGUUGUGUCGGUGAACAAGACAAUCUCAGACCGACAAUAUGAGGAAUUCAACGCUGCUAAAGUGGACGCAGAACUCCGCGAACAGUAAAAAUCAGACGAACAAGAAUGGAACGAGUAGGAAUUGGAUACACCCACCGGAUGCGCUCCAGAAAGGCCACAUCGCCUACUUAGUCAAGUACUUGGGCAGCACGGAAGUGGAUCAGCCAAAGGGCAUCGAGGUGGUGAAGGAGGCGAUUUGCAAGCUAAAAUUCAAUCAACAAUUACGGAAGAGCGAAGGGACCAAAACUCCAAAAGUAGAGCUGACCAUAAGCAUCGAUGGAGUUGCUAUUCAAGAGCCGAAAACAAAGACAUCGCCAAAGCGGAUUAUGCACCAGUACCCGUUACACAGAAUAUCGUACUGCGCCGACGACAAAGGCGAGAAGAAGUUCUUCAGCUUCAUCGCGAAAGAGGAAGAUGCAGAGAGGCACACGUGCUUCGUGUUCGUUAGCGAUAAACUGGCCGAGGAGAUUACGCUGACCAUCGGCCAAGCUUUCGAUUUGGCGUACAGGCGGUUCUUGGAGACAUCUGGGAAAGAUUUAGAGGCGCAGAGGCGAUGUAUGGUUCUGCAACAGAAAAUAAAGCGACUGGAACACGAAAACAACGUGUAUCGUCAGCGGCUACAGGACAUGGCUGCUAUCAAAGGAUCGGCUGAUGUAUCGGCUUACUUGUCCCAACACAAUCUUCCGGAUAUCCUACACGUGCCUGGUGCAUCGAAUGAAACUACACAAGUAAACGGGACUAGUAACAAGCCUUCUGUUGGCACGAACAACGACAGCAAUGGAAACACACCCAAUGGAUCACAACAACCACCGCCAGUUCCUCCAAGAAGUUUCGAGAAGACAUUCGAUGAUAACUUUAUGGCAAGCGAGCCUGCCCCGAAGCCGUCGGUUGGUACCAAAUUGGAGGGACUUCUGAUGGACGAAUUCGAGGAAGAUUUUAAUCCGAGGGCGUUCGAGAGCGCAGUGAAUGGCAUCGCGAAUCAUCAAACGAAUCACAGUUCUCUUCUGAAUGGUCAAAUAUCCUCGAACUCGAACUUCUUCUCACAAAGCAACGGCACAAGUCCUCCUCCAUUGUUGGCUCCACCGCCAAAGGCGAAGGACUCCAGACGUCAGAAUGGUGUGAAGGAGGAUUUAUUCGGCAGCAUUCCUUUCAAUCCCACGCCAUCAGUGAACAACAAAAACGAGUUUAACGAUCCGUUCGAGAUGGGUGAAUUUGGGGCCACAACGACAAUCUCUAAUCCCAGCCAGCAGGAGCUUGAAAACGCUAUUGGUCUCUUAGAUAAAAAGCUGCUUGAAAUGAAGGACGGUUUCAGCAGAGGUCUUUCAAUCGACACGGAUGACUUUUCAUUGGAGAGCUUGGAUCCCCUGCGGAAUUGAAACAUUUUCUUUGAAACGGAUAGGAAAGGAAACAACUAAUUGUCCAUUAUAGUUAUGUUCUCUAGAGAACAUAAGAGUCCAGGAAACGAAUAGGCAAAUUAGGAACUACAUUUAUACAAAGCCAAAAUUAGUCAAUUAUUAUUAUUAUUAUUAUGCUAAUCUUAUAUUUAUCGUGAUGUCUGAUAUUUGUCACACGCCUACUAAAUAUCAAUAGUAGCUUAAGCCUCGAAUGCCGAAUGGUGCAGAGAUUAUUCAUUAACGAAAAGCACGGGAAAACGAAUGGUAUUGAUACUUGUAUAGUUCUUUUAUCAAUACUGUUUGUUUGUUGUUGUUGUUUUUUUUAAAAAGGAAAAUUCAGUUAUUUAAACGGGGAUAUGAACAGAAGGAAGAAUUUGUUCUCGAUGAUCAGGAGUAACUACAAUCUCGUUCGUGGAAGUCUUCGUAUUCUUCAUUUUAACUACUAGAUUUAUGAAAGAAGGAACCUAUAGUUGCUGUCCUAUUUAUCAGCGCUUAGAAAUCUUAUGGUAUAGGUGUUGAGAACAAGCAGGCACACCGAAACUAUUAUCAAUUGCAGUGAACUACGCAAGAUUCAUCAUACCGGCGUAUAUAUACAUAACUUUCCUAAGAAUAUGGAAAUUAUUAUUAUUCCAAGCAAUCAUUUUAAUCGUAAUAAAGCGGCUAUCGCAUAUUUUUUUAACGAAAAGUGUCUGAAGGCGAUAUUGACAAUAAUUUGUCUCUAUUACCGUGAGGUUCAAUUAAGAGAAAUUAAUAAUAUAUUUUUAUGCGGAAUGUAAUCUAGCUUUAAGGUCGUUACGUCUGUGCAUUUUUCUGCGUCACGAAUUAAUAGAAGAAAAAGGAAUUUGGAGCAUCGACUAAAGUAGGGAUAGAUACUGUUACUACUAAUGGAUGAAUUGAAUACACUUAAUUAAUUUUGAACGUAAAUUUAUAUUUUUAAAUUACAUUCGGUCGUCUACUUUUCUCUGAUCGCUGUUCCACUUUCUACGGUAAUACAAGAAAAAUGUAAACUUACGUCGAUGUUACGUAAAAUUUUAGCCGCAGGUUUUUACAAGCAUUUAUGCGCGCAAGGGUUAAUACAAUCUUUAGGAUCGUGCAAGCUUAUGUUUGAUGUAAUAAGAGGAAGAUUAUUAAUUGUGUACAUAUGAAAUGCUGUUUUAUUAUUGUUGCUCUAUUGUUUAAGCAUUACCGUUAAGAAUAUAAUGCGUGAAUAUUGUAACCAAGAAAUACGUUUUAUUUCACACCAUAUACCACAUACAGGUGACCCUUACAGAAUAUCUAAAGAAGGGCUCGAGACGUAAAUUACUAUUUACAAGUGUCUUUAAAGAAAUUUUACUUCAUUUAGUAAAUGUUAUAUGCAUUUUUAUCCUGGAAACAUUCUUGCAAUGUAGAACA